GGAGGCCGGCCGACAGGAAGGCCGGUGAAGCUACCAAGACAGUGGGAGAGUCAUGUUGACAGCGUCGUCACUCAGAAUCAGUCUGGGAGGAAGCAAACCUCUCAUUAUCCUCUUCAUCAUCAACACUGACAGCUGUACUCCUGACCUGGGCGUUUCGGUGCGGCGAGCGCCUCUGAACGUUCAGCGCUAAUUGGGGAGACGGAAGCACAGUUCCAACUCUGUGUCACAAAAAGACUCUUCCCCCCCCCCCCCCCCCUCACCUCUUCAAAUUCAGAUGUUUUUUGUCUUUUUCACAAUGAGCUGCUCAGCGUCCGAUCAGCAAGAAAGUCCUCGCAGUGGGUCAGCUUCAGCAUCAACACAAUGCAUAUACUUUUUUUCAAAUCAUCAUACUUUUACCCUCGUGAGACUGACACAUUAAACCGGUGGCAGAUUCUUCAGAGUGGGGCGGCUCUCUCUUGUAACGCUGAGUAAAACAGUCUAUUUUUUCCCACAGUCUAAUCUUUUUACCUUUGAGCUGUCAUACGCUGAAUCAGUAAUAGACUCAUGAUAGUUGCAGUACUCACUCUCACAAAUGAGAUUUCAUUUCGAUGAGACAGGCUGCAUUUUAAUAACGGAUAAGUGAGGACAAGCCAAUGUAACAUAGAUGAGGCCGACAACGAGCACCAUGCUUCAGCAGAAUAACAACAACAACUACCCGUGCCUGAACAUGUCGGGCUCCACUAGGGAGAUGCUCCAGAAGUGCUCCAGGGGCUCUCUGCCCUUCCCCACCCGGCUGGAGCUGGGCUUAGGCGACCUGCCGCUCGUCAGGGGGCUCCGAGCCUGGGCCCUCUGCUCCAAAAACCGCCGCAAGGCCAGCAGCCUGCUGGGAGGAGGACAAGCUCCCACAACGCCGCCCGCAAGCCGAGGCAGCUCGACUUCCUGCCCCAGGCCGGCAGAUGUGUACCCUGCCGGGGAGUGGGGUCGCAUGGGAUACGGGCUCCCCUUAGGGCUGGACGCCAGGCAGGCCGGUAUCGGCGCGCUGGUGACGGUGGCCACUCUGAAGACCUCGGAGGGGGGCGGCAAGACGCAGACGCAAUGCCUUUUCCUUCGGACCGAGAAAGGGAGUUGUCUGUACUCGACAGCCAAGCCCGGCGCUAGCUCCCUGGGCUUGGGUCCUGGCGUGACCCACACUGCAGCCUCCACUCUGGUCGGUGGCUGGCUGAGAGGGAAGGCAGGAGGGGGAGGCGGUGGGCCAAGUCCACCAGCGCAGGCCGGAGCAAACCGGGCUAGAGUGCGAUCAGGCCGGAGGUGGAGGAAGUCCUGCAACCAGGAGAGAGAAGGCCUCGGCAGGGAGAGGCGGCCCAGGAGCCGGGAGGAAGCGGCCGGAGAAAUCAUUCUUGAGGAAAGACAGGAAGAGAGAGACAAAGGAGGCUCUCUAGCCAACAGCCAGGGCGGUAAACAGACCCCCAGCCCCCAGCAGGACAGCAGGCGAGGUCGACAGGAGAAAGCGGGAGGGAGCAGGAGCCCCAAAUGCUGCCAUAACACUCCGGCUAAGACCUGCACCCGGUGCGGGAGGAGAGCCGAGAGACGGGAAGGCCAGGAGGGGCACGAGGGAGGCGAGGGGCCGAGAGACGCCGAGUUCAUCCUGAACAGACUGAACAAUAAAGCGGAGGGGACGAGGAAGGAGAAACAAGAGAAGGUGGCGGAUGAGGAAGAGGACAGGGGUGGCCUCUCCCGGUCAGAUUCUCCCAGCUCCACUUUGGUCGUGCCAAACGGCGACCUAGAAUCAAACCAAUUUUACCUGGAAUCCCACAGCGGCUCUGAGGUCGGAGAGACAGAAACCUCCUGCAGCAAGGACGUCUAUUCAGAGAGAGAGGAGGACUCGAACUCCCAAACCGAGGUUAUGAAAAUACUCACAGGAAAUAACGACAGUAUUAAUAGCCACUUUGGGCGGGAUGUCAUGACUGAUGAUUUUACACUGAGACAUAAAAGAGAUUUUGAUGCCGUAAAAUCUGUACCGCAGCACAGCGACGCAACAGUGGCUGAUGUAAACGGAUUUGUAGAUCAUGUGGUACUUCACAGAGACUCACAGCAAGAGUCAGUGAGUCUGAACGGUCAAGAGGAGACUCAGACCGAGUCCCUGGUCACGUCUCACUGCUGCUCCCCUCGCAAAACCCCUGAGCCAGCCACUCCUGCAGGGGGCAGCACCUCCACUGCAGAACAUGAGGCCAAGCAGGAGAACAGCAAUAAUGACGGUGAACUUGACAGCAACAAGGGGAAUCAACAACAAGAGGCGAACUCUGCAGCUGCGUGCGAGACAGACUCAGGCAAGGACAACACUGUGAUCGAGAAGCUGCAUGAACCUGUGAGCGAACUCAACACCGAAAACAGCCCGGCAGCCUCAGCCGAGGACACAGGGCUCAAUGAGGAGCCCCAACAAAACCCGGUUGUGUUAAAAGAGGACGACCAGGAGAGGCACGCGGAGAGAGGAAAUACUUCCCCACGCCUUGGACACAGAAAUGUUUCCGUCUCUGAGGCAGAAAGAGGGCCCUCGGAGAAAGAGAAGUCGGGAAGAGAGGAGGGCGAGCGCGGCGGAGCUGAGCUAAAUGAAGCGACAGAGGAUGAGCUGGCGGGGGACAACAGGGCCGAGGAGCUGGAGCAAGAGAAUUUAGCUGAGGGGCAGAGAGGAAAGCCUAAAGAGGCGAGCGAAAGCGAGGCAGUCGGGCGAGAGGAGGGCGUGAGGGAAGAGCUGCACAAAGGUGAUGACGAAAGACGGCGUAACGCCGAGGAAGAGGAGGAGGAGCCGGACGGAGGUGACAGACAGGAGGGAAACAGAGAGAGGGGCCAGGUGAAGGGAGGCUGUCCCGCAAACGACGACUGGGGGGCACAGGAGUCCGCAGCGGGAUGGGGGGCAGGAGGACCGUGUGCUUUGCCUCAGCUAGUGGAGGAGACAGGGAUGAAGGGAGGAGGAGGGGGGAGGGAGGUGAGCGCCCCAAAUGUCACCCGUGCGGAGCAGAAGGGAAGCGCCGGCCGUCCCCUCUCGCCAAGCCCUGUUGCUACUAAUGUUGCCUGCUCUGAUCCCUCUGCCUCCCGCGCGCCCUCCCCGGCUAAUCCUGCCCCCUCUCCAACCCCCCCGGGAGCCAUGGCAACCGGCCUGCCCCGUCUGGAGCUGGCGAGCGAGGGAGAACGAGCCGGAGAAGGGGAGAGAGGGGAAGAGAGAGAGCCGGCGAGGCCAGAGGAGGACGAGGAGGAGAGGGGCUCCGCCGUGGCCGCCGAGCUGGGGGAGCAGGAGAGGGAGGAGGAGGAGGAGGACGAGGAGGAGGAGGAGGAGGAAGAUGAGUUUGGGGUGUUCAUGCAGGCAGAGGGAGAGCCGGCCUGGAGCGAGGGAUUCGCCAUGUCCGCCUCAGUGCCUUGUGGGAGCAGAGAGAGCGCUGCACUUGGAAACCAUGCCAUCGCGGGGGAGUCGGCCCAGUGGACCUCCGGCUGGACGGACAGCUCGUUCCACCAAUCGGAAGACACUUGGACGGCCUUUCCUCAGGACUCAGGGGACGAGGGUCGGGACGCAGCGGGACAGUGGUGGCCAGUCGCUGCCGUGGAGGAGAGGAGAGACAGGCUCUCGGCCAAUCAGAAUCUGAGCGCUGUGUUCGUGGAGGCCUUCCCCUCGCCGCCCGGCCCGCCCUCCUGCGACGCCGACGCUGUUCCCACUCUGACCGAGCUCCUCCGAGGCAGCCGCCACCGCAGCAGAGCCGGCCAGGAGCAGGGGUUACUGGACAGUUUCCAUGACUUGAACAAGAUGAUUGGCCAGAGAUAUAAGCGAGCCAGCGGUGUGUCUCGUGACCUGCUCCUGAAAACCCUUCACCUGGACGCCGCUCACCUGGAAAGCAGGACCAGCUCCUUGACAACCAAUCGCCGCCUGUCCCCUGGCCUCCCGUCAGCCAAUCAGCACGGUCAGAACGCCGCCGCUAAGCGACGGCUGUCCUACGACUACAACCGAAACAUCAUGGAGUGACUGUGGCGCCCCGUCCUCCUGCUGGGAUGCAGUAAAAGCAGGAGAGACUGUGGCGUCCCGCCGUGAGCGUCAUCCGCUCGCCGUGGCCUCGGCGGGCCUCGUGACUUUUGGCGCACUCGCUUGGGACUGACGCUCGGCUCACUGAUCACAUGACACCCACAGGCGAUGCUCUCCAGGUGUACGCUCACCAGAACUUUCCUCCACGCCCCGGUGAGGCGUAUCGGCAGAGCGCUCGUCCGUUCAUCAGACAUGUGCCACAUCGUCCACACACACACCACCUCCCAUCCCCGUCCUCCUCAAACAGGCCGGAGGAGCCGGAGGAGCAGGCUGUUGCAGGCUGUUUUUUUUUGGGGGGGGGGUUUAUGAGCAGAUAGAAGAGACUUGCUGCCAUGUUGGAGGAGGGACAUCAAAACCUGGCUUCAUUUCCUCUUCCACCCCUUUAUAAAAUAUAGUUUGAAAACGCUGAGUUUUAGUUUAAAUAAACACGUGAAUCAUUUCUCAGAGACAGAACUGCUCUGGGGUCAGAAAUGAUCUCAUUGGCUGGUUAAACCUCAGUGGGAGGAGCCAGAGAAACCCCAGUUUCUGGAGCGCCGUUAGCCAACCAGGAAAACCUGGACCGUAACGAAAGAAAUCCACAAAUAUCUAUUGUAAUUUACUGAAAAAUAUAAAUUAAUUAAUUAAUCUGUGACACAUGGCGUUCAUAGACCAGAUCCACCCGGCGGCCAUGUUGCUCACCGCCGUCAUCAUGUGGUGCUGCUGCGGUUUCACCACUUCCCGACUGACAAAUUUAUCAGCCUGUUGUCCAUGCACUCCAGCAGGCAAGACAUCAGCCGGCACCCUAACCCAAAAUCCGACCCGAGCCCCGACCCAAACCCCCUGCCGUUUGGACUGUGAAAGGCUGUGGCUCUGUAGCUCCGCCCACAGAGGUUUAACUCAACCAAUGAGAUCAUGUCUGCCUAAUUAAAAUGUUUGUAGAAAAGUAUUUUUUAGCUACAAGUUGUUGUGUUUGCUGGCCCAAAAAUAAAAUCGAACCACUUUAACAGACGCAGCAAGGCAGCCCAUCGUGAACCGCAGGCUUGUUUUGUUGAGUCGGGGAGGAAGAGCCUGCGACUCUUCUCUUUUUGUUGUCCGUCCACCAACAUGGCGGCCUGUCCCGGGCAGGAACCCGCAGAUGGCGCUGUGGCUCUCCGACCACGACCCGGAGACGCCACGGCGCCAUCCGCUGGCUCCGCUGGUCAGAGGUCACACACACACACCGUCUGCGAUCAGAGCAAACUCCUGUUUGUGUUGGGAGCGGCUGGAGAGUCAGCGGCGGCACGCUGAGCAUGUCUGCCGCCGUCACCACUCAGCAGAUUCUUUACAUUUUGCAAAGUGACGCAUGUUCUGUCAUUGUGUAUUAGCUAAAGCCUUUAUCAUGAAUGGAUCCUUUAAAAAAAAACAAAAAAAAAACAGAACAGAAAACACCUUGGGUUCCUCACAAAAACACAAAGUUUGUCUUCCAGCUGGUGCCAGCAGGAACACCAAGGAAGGUGCCAACGAGGAAACAGAGGGAUGAGAGACGUUUCCUCCACUUCCUCAGACACACUCCAACAAAACGUCUGGCAUGGACAGCCUCUCCCUCUCUCUCUCUCCCUCUCUCUCCCUCUCUCUCUCUCUCUCUCUCCCUCUCUCUCUCUCUCCUCAGUCCACUCAUUUCAGUGUACCACGACUCUCCAGUUCAGUCCACUUUAUGGGCAAAACUUGAAUCUAGCUGCCAAUCAAACCAGUAUUUUUAUGAGCCUACCGAUCACGUCCUCAUCACCAUGUACAUGUUUGAAUUCGCACCUCCGACGUGUAACCGCCUCAACAUGCUCAUCUCCUCUGUGUGCUCCACUCGUCAAGCCAAUCGUUUGUGAUGAAACCAGAGAAACAAUCAAGUGAGUGUCUGCCAUUUGUACAAAAAAACUCCCCAAAUUCCCGCAGGAAAAGAUGAAUAUUUUCUGAUCUGUUCAAAUGAAGAAAAAAAGAAUUGUCGACUUGUUAAUUGAUGUAAUAAAAUGACACUGCGUGACC